AUAUGUAAAUGUGCACAAUAUAUAUUUGAUAAAUAUGCACAGAAACAUUAGAGGAAAGGAAAAGUUGGUACAGUCCAAAGCCCUCUAACCCUUCCUGCUAAUGCUGCUGUGCUAAUAAUACACAGAGGAAACUAGCAGAAGGCAUCAUGGUGAACUUCGCAGCAGCGAUUCGUGAGCACUGGGUCAACAUUCUGGUCCCUCUGGGUUUCGUCAUCGGGGUUUAUCUGGACCGACGGAAUGAUCAGAAACUCACAGCAUUCAGGAACAAGAGUGUUUUAUACAGCAGGGAACUGAAGCCAGGCGAGCAGUACACCUGGAAGUGAGACUCCUGCAGUGAUAUUUAUUGGACCCUCUGCCCAGAAUGUGUAUAUUGUCUGUUCAGCCACCAUGUCUCUGAUUUCAAGCAUGUUGGUGCAAUAAAUGUUGCAUUUAGUUCUGUAA